GUGACAAAAAAACUUUUCGUUUACCAUGGGCCAAAUGCCAAUUUAUUUCGUUUUCGUUCGUCGAUGAUUGUGCGUUCUGUUGUGCGUGCGGAUUACAUUGAUAACUCAUCAAUUUGAUACUUUUUGUUGCGUUUGAGGAGUUUAGUUAGUUUUUAUUUGAAGAAAAUUUAACUACUUUCAAGUCGUAGAUAAUGUGAUUACGUUAAUUCAAUUUGCUUGAAACGUGAAUGGCUACUGCUGCUUUGGAAUGUUGGAUUGGAUUAGGUUGUUGUUGAUUUAGUAUUCAGUUUGUGUCCUAAGUACAUAAAAGAAUUACCAGCUGAUACACAAUAAACAAUGUUCUCUAAGAAGAAAAAGAAGCCCCUUAUUUCCCCACCAAGCAAUUUUGAACACAGAGUACACACUGGGUUUGAUAAACAAGAGGGGAAGUUUGUGGGCUUACCUUUACAAUGGGCAUCACUGGUCGGAAAUAACCAGAUAUUGAAAUCUACAAACAGACCACUGCCACUAGUUGAUCCAUCGGAAAUAACUCCCACCGAGAUUUUAGAUUUGAAGACAAUUGUGAGGGGGGAGCAUAGAGUAACUCCUGUGUCAUCAAUUGUACGUCCUAUGUCCAGCACAGUCCAGAUAGCCCAACCUGUUCAGAAUGGAGUUGUGUUACCGAAAACAUCCAAUGUUGCACGUUCAAACUCACUAAGAAGUAGCAGCCCUCCAAGGAUAAGGAGAGAUCUGCGUAACCAGGCCAAUGUGCCACCAUCUGUACCUGAAGAAUCACCUCCAGUGCCUCCUGCUCCACAACAGUACCCUAGCUUACGAAGAGAUCAAACUAAUUACAUGGUCAACAAGCAAAUUACAGAAUCUCCUGUUGAUUGGUCCCAAAACACCCAUGAAAAUGCUAUGAGAACUGGCGAGAAUGAUAACCAUCAUGCAAUGACAUAUCAGAACAUACAGAAUGCUAAUGUGCCUUAUCAGCAUAAUCAUCCCCCACAACCUGUCACACACAAUAUGCAUCAAGGGCUCAACGGUAAUAAUGUCAACAUGGGUGAUACAUACCCAAUGCCAAGACACCAACACGCCGGGGCUCCUGCGGGCGCCCAACAUCUUACUCUCGCUGCUUCCAAACAUGAACUACGGCUUACACAUGAACAGUUCCGCGCGGCGCUCCGCUUGGUGGUUAGCGAAGGUGACCCUCGCUCCACUCUCACCGGGUUCAGCAAGAUAGGCGUCGGCAGCACCGGGGUGGUGUGCGCGGCCACGGACACGCUCACGCGCCGCCGCGUCGCCGUCAAGAUGAUGAACCUCCGCAAGCAGCAGCGGCGGGAGCUGCUGUUCAACGAAGUGGUGAUCAUGAGAGACUACCCCCACCCUAACAUCGUGGAGAUGCACGCUUCAUACCUAGUGGGUGACGAGUUGUGGGUGGUGAUGGAGUACAUGGCGGGGGGCGCGCUCACGGACAUCGUGACGCGGCACUCGGUCAAAAUGGACCCUGAGCAGAUCGCUACGGUUUGCAAGCAGUGCUUGAAGGCCUUGGCGUUUUUACAUGGGCAAGGUGUCAUACAUCGAGACAUAAAGUCAGACUCUAUUCUUAUGACGGCAGACGGCCGGGUCAAACUGUCAGAUUUCGGCUUCUGCGCUCAAGUUUCUCAGGAACUACCGAAACGGAAGUCGUUAGUAGGAACACCCUACUGGAUGUCACCCGAGGUAAUAUCGAGACUUCCAUAUGGACCCGAAGUGGAUGUGUGGUCCCUCGGGAUCAUGGUCAUAGAGAUGGUUGACGGAGAACCACCAUUCUUUAACGAACCACCUCUGCAGGCGAUGCGCCGCAUCCGCGACAUGCCGCCGCCGCGCGCGCGCAGCUCGGCGCGCUGCCCGCCCGACCUCGUGUCCUUCAUCGAGACGUCGCUGGUGCGCGAGCCGGCGCAGCGCCCGCCCGCCGCGCGCCUGCUGCUGCACCCGUUCCUGCGCCGCGCCGGCCCGCCCGCGCUGCUCGUGCCGCUCAUGCAGCACCACGCUGCGCAGUCAGUAUUACACUCAUUGCCUUACUGCUGACAUCGAGCCGGCGCAGCGCCCGCCCGCUGCGCGCCUGCUGCUGCACCCGUUCCUGCGCCGCGCCGGCCCGCCCGCGCUGCUCGUGCCGCUCAUGCAGCACCACGCUGCGCAGUCAGUAUUACACUCAUUGCCUUACUGCUGACAUCGAGCCGGCGCAGCGCCCGCCCGCCGCGCGCCUGCUGCUGCACCCGUUCCUGCGCCGCGCCGGCCCGCCCGCGCUGCUCGUGCCGCUCAUGCAGCACCACGCUGCGCAGUCAGUAUUACACUCAUUGCCUUACUGCUGACAUCGAGCCGGCGCAGCGCCCGCCCGCCGCGCGCCUGCUGCUGCACCCGUUCCUGCGCCGCGCCGGCCCGCCCGCGCUGCUCGUGCCGCUCAUGCAGCACCACGCUGCGCAGUCAGUAUUACACUCAUUGCCUUACUGCUGACAUCGAGCCGGCGCAGCGCCCGCCCGCCGCGCGCCUGCUGCUGCACCCGUUCCUGCGCCGCGCCGGCCCGCCCGCGCUGCUCGUGCCGCUCAUGCAGCACCACGCUGCGCAGUCAGUAUUACACUCAUUGCCUUACUGCUGACAUC